ACCAAUGAGCAGGGGAGGGGGCGGUGACAGGAGACAGAAGAAGACAGCUUCUCAUGCUGUGGCGGAGUUGGAGAACAUCAAGGAUUGCAGCCAAGUUGGGAAGCCCCUCUUCUGCCCUUCCCAUCCAACAGAGGAGCUAAGGCUGUUCUGUGAGCAGUGUGACCAGCCCGUUUGCCGGGAUUGCGUUGUAGACAGGCACCGGCAGCACCCCUGCGACUUCACUGGCAAUGUCAUCCAUAGGCAUGGGAACUCCUUGCGGGAGCUGCUGAAGAGCACCCAGCAGCACGUGGGCACCCUAGAGGAUGUUCUAGACCAGAUCGAUGACAUGGGCAAUGCCAUCUGCAGUCGCGCAGAGACUGUGGCCGCAAAGAUCUGUUUGUUUGCUGAUGGGUAUGUGAAAGCAAUUGAAGAGCAUCGGGACCGGCUGCUGAAGCAGCUGGAGGACUUGAAGGUGCAGAAGGAAAACCUCCUGCACUUGCAGAAGGCCCAGCUGGAGCAGCUGCUGCUGGACAUGAGGACUGGUGUGGAGUUCACGGAGCACUUGCUAACAAGUGGCUCAGAUCUGGAGAUCCUCAUCACCAAAGGGGUAGUGGCAAGCCGACUGGCAAGGCUGAACAGCAUUGCUUACAGCACCCACCCCAGCGUGGACAGUGAGAUCCAAUUCUCUCCCCAGGAAAAGGCCGGGCAGUGCUGUGGCUAUGAAGUUUUUGGGGCCAUUCUCAACAAAGUGGUCGAUCCAGCCAAAUGUACUCUGCAAGGGGAAGGUCUCCACAAUGCCCGUCAGAACCAGCUGACUGGCUUUACAGUGCUCUGCAAUGACACCACGGGGGAGCAGAUGAGGAGAGGAGGAGAGGCUGUGCGGGUCACUAUCACGCACAAGGACAAGAGGGACUGUACAGUCAAGGCAACAGUGUGUGAUAAUGGUGAUGGGACCUACCAUAUUUCCUAUAACCCUGAGGAGCCAGGCUUGUAUGCUGUCUGCGUCUGUGUGAAAGGGCAGCACGUACAGGGAUCUCCAUUCACUCUGACUGUGAAAAACAAGAUCCGCAAGCACCAAGGUGUGUUUCACUGCUGCACGUUCUGCUCUAGUGGAGGCCAGAAAGCUGCUCGCUGUGCCUGUGGUGGGACCAUGCCAGGUGGAUACCAAGGCUGUGGCCAUGGACACAAAGGUCACCCUGGCUGCCCCCACUGGUCAUGCUGUGGACAAGUCAUGGAGAGCUCUGAGUGUUUGGGGGGGCCACCUAGCGACACCUCGCAGAGGAGUUUGCUCAGGACAGUGGCUCUGUGAGCAGCAAAGUGAGCCCCUCGGAACCCAGAGCCAUCCUACUGACUGCUGUAUAAGCACAAGCCAUGAAGAUCCUCCAAAUCACUGCAUAGCCCUUGUUGCCAGAUAACAGCAUCCCAACGGGUGUGAACCUCAAAAGGGAGGGGGAAGUGGGAAAAUAAAAUUGUGCCUUAUUCUA